AUGGGUAGCACCGACUUAACGAUGAGGGCUGCGCAAUGGGACCCGAUUCAAAAAAAGGCCGUAGUGAAUGUCAUUCCAGUACUGGGACCGGGCCCAAACCAGAUUCUUAUUAAAAUGGCCUCUGCUUCAUUGUGCCACUCAGAUUUGAUGUCGAUCGGCAGACCCGACCUGACCGAUCCAUUUACGAUCGGCCAUGAAGGUGCUGGCUACGUUUACCAGCUGGGUGCAAACUGCCAGGAAAAAGGAUUCGAAGCUGGGAAUCCAGUGGGAUUCCUUUAUAUCAACGGCUGUUGCUUUGAGUGCGAGGGGUGCAUGGUGCACAAUAAUUUGUGUACUAAUGGAAGCCCAAAGAUUGCCGGGUUUGGGGAAUUCGGCUUCUUCCAAGAGUAUGUCGCCGUGGAUUGGCAGAACAUUAUUCACUUGCCAAAGGCCUUGGAUCCAAAGAGAAGCUCGGCCAUUUUCUGCGCGGGUAUCACAGCUUUCCAUGCUGUCGAUUCUUGCAGUUUGAAGCCUGGGCAAUGGCUUGCAGUCAUCGGUGCCGGGGGCUUGGGCCAGCUUGCGACACAAUACGCAAAAGCAAUGGGCUUCAAGGUGAUUGCGUUAGAUAUUAAUGACAAGGCGCUUCAGGUCUGCCAGGAACAGGGCGCGGAUGUGACAGUCAACUCCCUGUCACGCGCAAAUGAAUACGUCGGGGAGGUGAAGAAUCUUACCGCAGGUGGUGUGCACGCUGCUGCUGUUUUCAGUGCGGCUACAGUUGCAUAUAAGGGAGCUCCAGCCUUGAUCCGACCGGGUGGUGUUUUAAUGGUAGUGGGCAUCCCCCCUGACUCUCUUCGAGUGUCGGCGAUGGACCUUGUCAUUGGGAAUUAUCAGCUCAAGGCUGAGAGUACCAGCAUCCCCCAGAGAAUGCAAAAAGCAGUGGAUUUCACAGCCAAGCAUCAAAUUCUACCCCAGGUUGAGGUAUUGAAAGAAGGUCUAGAGGGCGUCAAUAGGAUGAUUCAGGAGAUGGAAGCUGGUCACUCGAGCAAAAGAAUGGCUGUGGUUUUCGAGUAA